AUGGCUCUCCUCCUAUUUGCUUCUGCUGGAGGGCUCGUAUGCUUGAUCAUUUAUUAUCUUGCUCUCUCCUUCAGACCAGGUAAACGACUGCCACCAGGUCCCAAGCGGCUGCCUGUUAUUGGGAAUCUCCAUCAAGCACCCACAGAGUAUCCGUGGAGGACUUACCAGCAAUGGACCAAGCAAUAUGGCCCUAUUUUCUCACUACAAUACGGCUUGAGCACUAUCAUCAUGCUCGGAGAUGCAAAGGUUGCCCGAGAGCUACUGGACAAGCGUAGUAAUAUCUACUCAAGUCGACCACAUGUUGUAAUGGGAGGUGAUAUCGUCAGUAAGGGCUUUCGCACUUUGCUGAUGCCAUACGGCGCUCAAUGGCGCCUUCACCAACGUUUGCAAGCCUCCUAUCUCAACGUCAGAGUGUCACAGACCUACUGCGAACUGCAAGACAUUGAGAGCAAGCAGUUGGUAUUCGAAAUGCUUUCCACCUCCGACUUUACGAACCGAUUCCAUCGAUAUUCCUCGAGCCUCAUCUACACACUUGCUUACGGGAAGCGCAUGGAGCGUGGAGAUGAAUCAGAAGUGGAAGCCAUUGAUCAAAUAAUGGACAACUUCCUUUACGCCGCGCGGGUCGGAACCUGGAUCGUCGAUGCCCUGCCAAUGCUAAACCUCCUGCCAAAGUGGCUGGCUCCAUGGAAACGAUAUGGAGACGAAUUACAUGAAUUCGAGGCAAGGAAUUACUCCACCUUUAUGCAUGAGGCGUUGAAGAGAGAAUCUUGGAAUUGGUGCAAGCAAGUAAAAGCGAUGCCCGAAUCAAGAAACAUGUCUCCGUUGGAGCAAGCAUAUGAUGUGGGCAUUAUAUACGAGGCAGGUAGCGACACCACUACGAUGGCGCUGGAAAUUUUCGUCAUGGCUGCCGUACUCUAUCCGUCUGUGAUGCAGAAGGCGCAAGCGGAACUAGAUUCUGUGGUUGGUCCUGAUCGGCUUCCUUCAUUCUCUGAUAAGGCAAGGCUUCCAUUGAUUGACGGAAUGGUGAAAGAGGUCUUACGAUGGAGACCUGUAAGUGCAGGUGGCAUUCCACAUGCUGUGACUCAGGAUGAUGAAUACAUGGGCUAUACAAUCCCCAAAGGAGCCACGGUAAUCGGAAAUCAUUGGGCGAUCAGUCUUGAUGAAGCUGUUUAUGACAAACCUAACACCUUUGACCCAGAACGGUGGAUCAAACAUCCAGAUCUCCCUCUAGUGGCCUUUGGAUUUGGCCGACGCCAGUGCACGGGCCAACACAUUGCGAAGAAUUCGUUGUUCAUCAAUAUUGCGCGGUUAUUGUGGGCUUUUGACAUCGGACAUGCCUUCGAAGAGAUCAAUGGAGUCAAAGUGAAGCACCAAGUGGACCCGUUUGCGUUUACACAAGGGUUCAAUUCAAGACCACUUCCCUUCAAGGCCUCCUUCAAAGUCCGCAGUGCACAAGCUGCAGAUGUUGCAAGGAGAGAGUGGAAAGCAGCUGAGGUUGACACCAACAUCAUUCUCGAAAGCAUUCGCCACUUACAGAAAGGGAAGUCUUGA